AUGAUCAACUUUGCCGUCAGCUACGCAGCCCCUUCAAUUGGCCAAGUUUCUCGCUUGACGGGACCAACUGGGAAGAGGUCAGAAGAUGGCCAAUCCUUCUCUUCCGAUUGCCCAUCUUCCUCUUACUUAAUAAACUCAUCGCUUAGUGCUUGUUGCCCUGGUCUCUGCUACGACACAGACCAACGGACUCGUGAGCUCUCUCGACUCCACUUCCCAAUCUCUCCGCCUCCAUCCUCAUCUUCCCAAACAUCUUUCGAUCUUCCUACUGGACAUGCCCAGUGCAGCGGUCGCGAAGAGGCUGCUCGUGUGACGUGGCACAAAUCUCCGGGUGGCUGGCCAUUCUAUUGUAGCAUAGUUGCUUACGACCCGAUCAGUAGGAUUGCUCUAGUAACCAGCAGUAAUUUUACCAAUAUGCAAGGACACCACGUAUGUCGGGUUGUUGUAGCCUCGGACAAAUCUGAGACCCGUCAAGCCGAUUGGAUUAGUCUAGAGCAGGUCGCUUUUCUGCGCAGCCAUGUCUCCGUGGCUUCUGCUCAGCCUACCAACCUUCGUGCACUGCAGCCUCCUAUGCUUGUUCAUUAUGAUAUACCAACAAUUUCUUCUACUUCGGAAGCUUGCCACUCCCUAAACGGCUACGCACGACUUUUCGGACUUCUCUUCCUACCACAUUCCAAGCCAUCAUCUCUAUUUGAAAUUCCAUCAGAAACUCAAAUUCCAUCUACCACUUCCCUCAUUGAAGAUGAGCAUUGCAAGAUUCAGUUUAUGGACUUAAAUUUUUCAUCUCAUGAGCAGAAAUUCUAUUCCUAUCCAACUGUUCAUAUCAUUUACGGUGGGCCUGGAGUGCAGAUGGUCUCCGGAACAUUUUCGAAAGUUAUAAUCCUGAACAUUGGGUCAGUGGUGAGUUUCAUGUACACAAACAUCUCAGGCGAGAAGGCGGUGAGCGCCUUGCUGGAGAUUUUGGAGCCAGAAGAGGACAUCCUGGAGGCAGAACGGAUCACGACUGAUCAACCUGACAAUAAGGACCACAUAUUUUACAUAUAA